AUGGCCGCCCUCGCAGACAAGCGCUUCAAGCUCAACACCGGCGCGGAGAUUCCCGCCCUCGGAUUGGGAACAUGGCAAUCCUCUUCCGAGGAGACCCAAAAGGCCGUAUACCAUGCCAUCGAGGUCGGAUACCGCCACAUUGACACUGCCCUGGCCUACCAGAACGAGGAGGACGUCGGCAAGGGCAUCAAGGCCGCCAUCGACGCCGGCCUCGUCAAGCGCGAGGACCUCUUUGUCACCACCAAGCUGUGGAACAUCUAUGCCAACCGCGUUGAAGAAGGUCUUGAUACCAGUCUCAAGUCGUUGGGAUUGGACUAUGUCGAUUUGUACCUGGUGCAUUGGCCGGUGCGCAUGAACGACAAGGGAAACCACCCCCUCUUCCCCAAAUUCCCCGAUGGCACUCGCGACAUGAUCAAAUCGCACAACCACGUCGACACCUGGAAGGCCAUGGAAAAGCUGCCAGCCACGGGCAAGGUCAAGGCCGUUGGCGUGUCCAACUACAGUGUCCCAUACCUGGAAAAGCUGCUGUCAGAGGCCACCAUCGUGCCCGCCGUCAACCAAAUCGAGAACCACCCGCAGCUACCCCAGCAGGAAAUUGUUGACUUCAGCCAGUCAAAGGGUAUUCUCGUCACAGCCUACAGCCCUCUGGGCUCGACGGGCAGCCCAUUGCUGAGCGCUGAGCCCAUUGUGGCUAUCUCCAAGAAGCGCAAUGUCACCCCUGCGGCUGUCUUGUUGAGCUGGCACUUCGCCCGCGGCUCCGCCGUCCUCGCCAAAUCCAUCAACCCAGACCGCAUCACCGCCAACCGCAACAGCCUGGUUGAGCUCGAUGCCGAAGACGUGGCCUUGAUCAAGAGCUUCUCUGAUGACCUCAAGGCCAAGGGCCAGACCAAACGAUAUGUCGCCCCGCCGUUUGGCAUUGAUAUGGGAUUCCCGGACCAGUGGUAA